AUGAGCUCCAUCACUAAAGAAGAUCGCGAAGCUUUAGUUAUCCAGCAUCUAAUCAAAGCAUUACCUAAUUUUACCAUUGAUGAAGAGUUGUUGCUUAAUUGGCAAGUUGAAUUGGCCGACAAGCUAGAAGAUUUUAGUGGAUUGACUUAUGCAAUUUCCCAUAAUGUUAUAGUUGACCUUGUUGAGGAUACAACACAAGAAGGAACAGACUUGUUUAGAAAACUAUUUGAAGAUAUACAAGAGUUGGAUGAUGGCGAGUAUCACGAUUUUAAGGUCAUUAUAUAUGAAGUUUUGUUGUAUGUUAUUUCAUUAUUGUAUUGUUCAAAGAUUCAGCUAUACAGGAAUGGGGUGCUUGACUAUGUUAUUGAUGAAUGUUUUCUUCCUUAUCUAAAUAAACUCCCCAGAAACAAAAGUACAACUUCGCUAAUACGAAAACCCUCAUUAUUAAGUCAAUACAUGAGGUUGAUCAUUGAAUUUUGCGGAUUGGGUUGUGAUGUCGUCCAUGUUCGGAAAUUGUUUAUUCCUUUAGUAUCUGGAAAUUUAUAUGCCAAGUUAGUAUCACUUGAAUUACUACAACAAAUAUUCACAAAGUACCCAUGCCAUUUCAAGUUUGUUCUUUUCAACAAACAAACAAGUUUCCCUUUUGUCAAUGACAUAUUGAAGAAGGUGUUUUCCAUCCAAUCUUGGUUCAGAGUUCACCAUCAACUACAUCAAAAUGAAGAUCCAAUCACAUUAUUUGUACUAACCAGUUCAAAUGGAAGUAGAGCCUCUACAUUAAAGGUCAAGUUGUCAAAUUACGACCAAUUUAUUGUCCAAGUUAUAAAUUCUGAUGGCUCCACCAUCCAUUAUCCCUUUAAUCAGAAAUUAACUACGUCUUCCAAUUCCAAUAAUCAAGGAUAUACCCAUUUAGCUUUAACUUACGAUCAUAAUGCGAAUUUAAACUUAUUUAUUGAUGGAGAAUAUAGCGAGUCAAUACCGUGUCCUGAAAUACAUAAAGUACUUUCAAGUUGGAAUAAAAUCUAUAUUGGGGAUGAAAUUGAUGACAAACUAGUAAUAAGUAAUGAUGAAUUGCUAAUUAAGAACUUUACAUUGUUAAACACGGCAUUAUCAUACGAAUGGAUUAACCUUUUAUAUAACUUGGGACUAGGCUAUGAGUGGGAUUUCAAGGAAUUUACCAGUGAAAGUUUGCUGAAUUUAUUAAAUCAUUUGAAUUAUCGAGGAUUAUCUAAUGUUGCUAUUAAAUUUGAAGAAUUAAAACACCAAAAAUCCAAUUCACACUUGUUUAAAGUUGCUCCAACUCAGCGAGAUAAAUUGGUCAUGGAGCAAAAAAGAAACAUGGAGGAUCAAGCUACUAAUAAAAUGACAAUUAUCAAUUCAUUAAGUAGACUUAAUCAAGAUAAUUUCUUGUUUGAUACCCAUGAAUAUUUCCAAAUGUUGCAAAUUCAGCAGAGAACAACUAGAUUAAGUACCAGAGCUAACUCGAUAUAUUUCCAUAAUUCAAAUUCUAUUCAUGAUGCAUUUUAUGGUAUUGGUGGAACAGGAUUGCUUGUGCGACUUAUUGAGACUACAAUUGAUGGCAAUUCAUCGGUACUAGCUAGUACCAUACUACAGAAAUCAUUAUCAUUAUUGUUAACUUCCAUUAGUAACAAUUGGAGAUUAAGUAAAGAAUUUGAAAACUUCAAUGGGUAUGGAAUACUAUCGAUUUUGUUGACAAAAUAUAAAGAAAAGAACAACAGUCUUAAUUUUAAUGUGCUUGAAGGAUUUGAAGGUGAGAAUGUUCUUUAUAUGUUGUUAAAGUUUUCCGGUUAUGAUUUUAUAAACCCAUAUGACUCAAUAAUUAUCAAUCCUUUAAGUUAUAAACAUCUAAUACUUCAAUUUGAUUUGUUCUAUGGGACCGAAUCAUUUGAAUUCUUAUUGUUUCAUAUUCAGGAGUUAUUAAGUUGCAAAUACAAGAAAUUAAAUUAUGGAGAAUUACACAAGAUGAAACUUUUAAGGAAAUUAAUACAAUUCUUGAAACUGAAUGUUCUGGAGUCUCAACUAACUGGUCUGUUAAAAAAUCAGUUUUCAAAGCUAAUAUCAUGUUUGAUAAGCACUGAUGGUUCAGUAGACUCCAUUAAAUCAAUUACUUCAUACAUCAUAUAUGCAUUGUACAAUCCUGAUAGUUCAAAUGAAUGUGCAAUUAUAACCCUCGAAGCAUUAACCGAAUGUUUAUGUGAUGUAAAUACCCCUAUCAAAACACUAAAGAAAUUUUCAAGAUCAGUUACUAUACAUUGGAUAUUGUUAUUAUUCAAAUAUGAUGAUGACACCAAUCGAGUUUCACAGUGUGGAAUUCGUCUACUUACAAAAUUACUCAAACUUUUAGGUACACCCAUAAUCAAGAAAUUUUUUCAAGUCAAUCAUGGUUUAGACAUUUUAACUGUGUUUUUAAAGGAUCUUUGGGAUAAUGAUGAAAUACUAUGUUCGAUAUUUCUUGCCGCGUUUGGAAUAGAUACUGGGAAAAGUUGUAAUGAUUUGGUAGAAGCUAUACAUUGCAAUUUGCUGGAUUUGAACCAGCUUUUCAUGCCGGAGUUUUUAAUAUUGCUUAAUAACCUAGUGUUGAAUUCAAUGUAUACUUUAAAUUUGAAAGCUGGCAAAUUAUUAGGAAGUAAUCCAGCAACACCAAUGACAUCCACAUCACAAGAGAAUACCACAUUAUCACUAAAAGUUUUACAUUUAAUAAACCAAUAUCUCGAUUCUCUAAGUUUAGGAUUUGAAAAGGUUCCAUCAAUCCAGAAGUUUUAUUUAAGUAGGGAUUUUCUUGAGGGUAUUGUUGAAUUAUUAGGAUAUCUUAAAUUAUCAAUUCUGUGGAAUGAUAUUGAAAUGCAAGCAAGUUUUGAAAAAUUAGUUGAUGUUUUGGCAAAUUUUUAUAUCAUUAAUCUUGAUCAUGUCCAUUUUGAUAAUUUAAGUGAAUAUACUAAGAAGCUAUUAUUAUGCUUUGUGUUUCCCAAGAUUUUCGAUCAUAUUAACCAGUAUUUGACCAGCGCUAAAUUUGUGUUUAAUGAAAAACAGUUUUAUCACAAUGUAAUCCAGUUUUUGAAUUAUUACGAGGAAGAACUUUUACAUGAAAACUACACUGUGAAUCAGAAAGAUUUAGAUAGCUUCAUAUUAUGCAUAAUUUUAGUUAUUGAAGGUAGCAACAACAAUCUUUUCAAGUUGAAGCAAGUCUUGGGUGAGAAUAUCGUCCUCAAGUUUUUAAAAAUGGCCGAAGAGUGUGAGGUGGUUCCACUGGGAUAUGAAAAUUUUGAAGCUUCUUUGAAGUCUUUACUUUAUAGACAAACAACAAUUUUCCACGAGGAAGUAUUGGAUAAUAAUCAACUUGGUUCAAUCAUAAAGUUGAUCCUUGGUGUUAUUCUCAGCAGAGAACAACCUGCUUUAGAAAUACCAUUUACAUUUAUUCGUACCUGUUAUUUGUUUAGGCAGAAUGAUUUUGAACAUAUAAUUGAUAAGUUUAAUUCUGAUAAACAAUUUGUGAAUGAAUUAUUUGCAAACUUGAUUACAAAAAAUGAUGAUGAGACAUUUUCGAGAUUACAUAAAUAUCCACCAUUUGUCAAGAGUAUAACCAGAGAAGCUGCUGUCAUUCGAGAAAAAUUUAGCCAAACGGAACCUCUCAGAUUAGCUGAUAUGAUUAGUGUUAGUUUGAAUGACGGUGGAAAAUUAGGACGAAUGAAUAGUAUCUAUAUCAAGAGUUUUGAAAAAGACUGCGAACUGUUAAAAGUACUGACAUUUAGAAUCGAGUUGACCAAAUUUAACCGAUUGAUUCAAGAUCAUCAAGAAAACAUUCAAUUUUAUAUUACAAAUUAUCAUAGCAUUAAAAUUGAGAUUGCAAGAUUAUUCGAAGAAACCGAAUCGAGUUAUCUUGUGGAUUAUAUUGAAAAUUCUGACAGAAUGAGAAAACGAUUAAUUAUUGAAGAUCAAUUGGCUGAUUCGGAAAAGCUUUCCUAUAAUAUAACAAUCCCAUUGAAAAAGAUUGAUAGCACUACUAGUGUUAGUGCCAGCUUCUAUGACAUUAACGAAUAUGAUGCUGUCGUUAGUGGGCUAGACACAAUAAGUCUUUCUCGUGACGAUAGUGAAGACUCCUUUGAAAUUAUUGAUCGCGAUACCAAAGACGAUAACAAUGCUUAUGAAGAUAAAAAUCGGAAAGUUAUACGAAGUUUAUUUGUGGGCGAUCAAAUAGUGGCGCUUUAUAAUAUCAGUCAAAUUAAUGGACUUGUGCCAAUUGAGAGUUUAAUGAUUCUAGGAACUAAACAUUUAUAUCUUAUUGAAAAUUACUUCCAUUGUCAGGAUGGUAAUGUUAUCGAUGUUGAGGAAGCUCCCGAGGAAUUACGCGAUCCUAUCUUACAAUUAGUUAAUUCUCAAUCCAGCGAAAUUUUAAAUAAGAAUGUUUCUCACAGAAGUAAGCAUUGGCUGUUGGAUAAUAUAAGUUGCAUUUCCAAAAGGCAGUUUCUAUUGAGAGAUAUUGCUUUGGAAAUGUUCUUUAAUGAUGGUGCAAGUAUAUUGAUAACUUGUCUUACACCCAAGGACCGAGAUGUGAUUUACAAUAAACUCCAUACAUUUGCCACGGGUAAAGGAAUUGAUUUUGAUUUAAUGCAAGCUUUGAAUUCAUCGAUAUCGAGAAGUUCAUCAAUGUUGUCAGUAAAUAGCGGUACAUCGCUCACGUCGAAACUUGUUUCAGCAUUUACUCCACCAAAUAUGAAUUUCAUUGCUGCUACUAAAUUAUGGAGAAUGGGUGAAAUGUCAAAUUUCUAUUAUCUAAUGAUUAUAAACACGUUGGCUGGACGAACAUUUAAUGAUUUAACACAGUAUCCGGUAUUUCCUUGGGUUCUAGCCGACUAUACUAGUGAAACAUUAGAUCUAUCUAAUCCAAAAACAUUUAGAGAUUUGUCUAAACCAAUGGGUGCCCAAACUCCAGCGCGAGCUCAUGAAUUUCAAGAAAGAUUUGAAGCAUUAGACAGUUUACAUGAUCACAAUGCACCUGCUUUCCAUUAUGGCACUCAUUAUUCAUCAGCCAUGAUUGUUUCAUCAUUUCUAAUUAGAUUGAAACCUUAUGUUCAAUCGUAUCUUUUAUUACAGGGAGGUAAAUUUGACCAUGCUGAUCGAUUAUUUAAUUCAAUUGAAAAGGCAUGGUUAUCUGCGUCAAGAGACAAUACUACUGAUGUUCGAGAAUUAACCCCUGAGUUCUUCUACCUCCCUGAAUUCUUGACCAAUAGCAAUAAUUUCGAAUUUGGGAAAUUGCAAACUGGUGAAUCUUCGCAUGAUGUUAAAUUACCACCUUGGGCUAAUAACGAUCCUAAGAUAUUCAUUGAAAAUCACAGACAAGCAUUGGAAAGCCCUUAUGUAAGUGCUAAUUUACACUUAUGGAUUGAUUUGGUAUUCGGUUAUAAACAAAGUGGGGUUGAAGCUGUCAGACUGUUGAAUGUUUUCCAUCACUCCUCGUAUCACGGUGCAAUUGACUUAGAUAAUAUUCAUGAUGAAAUGGAAAAGAAAGCUGUGAUUGGUAUGAUUAAUAAUUUUGGACAGACUCCUAUAAAAGUAUUCACAAAACCCCACCCUAUGAAAGAUGUGCUUAAUUUACCAAACUUCUACUUGACUCCUUUAAAUGAUGUUCCCAAGUUGGUAUAUGAACAUAAAUUGAAAUUACCAAUUGAUAAGCUUGAAACCAAUGGUAAGAAGUGGAUAGGUAGACCUAAAUGUUUCUCAUGGGAGGAUGAUUUGAUGAUUCGAAAAGCAAAUGGGUUUAAAUUUGAUAGUGGUUCACUUAUAAUUAACAAGACUCCAAUGUUGAACAUGCAUCUGAACAAUAUUACAAGCAUAGUACAAAUUGGACAUCAGUUAUUUUUAACUGGUGGAGAAGACGGGAUAAUUUAUGUUUGGAAAUGUGAAUUAGUGCCUUUUGCUUCGUUGCAAUUUCAAGCUGUUUUACGAGGCCAUUUAUCUUCAAUUGUCAAAAUAUGUUAUAAUAAGAGCUUUAAGUAUGGUGCUAGUUUGGAUGAAGAUGGUAUUGUUAUUCUUUGGGAUUUAACUCGAUUUAAAUUUAUAAGGAAGAUUGUACCGCCAUUAAGGAAUUGUACCAGAAGUUUGAUUGCAAUUUCUAAUGAUACUGGGAAUUUUGCAACUAUCCAUUUUAAAGAAAAUAGAAACAUACUUCGAAUCUACACCAUCAACGGAGAAUUAAUAUUACAAAAAGAAGUAAUGGAGGAUACUUUAGAUGCUGGCGAUUCAAUCACUGCUAUUGGAUUUGGUUCAGUUAAUGAUCCCAUGGUGGAUACUGGGAAAUCGCUGAUUUUAAAUAACCAUGUUUACUGGUCAAAUGAAAUAUUUGCCAUGGCAAAACUGAAAUCAGUGCAAUUAUGGGAGCUUGUCCUGGAGGAUGGUUGGAGUUUACGAGGUUUGGAUUAUGUGGAUUUACGAAUUAAUGGAGAUAUAACUACGUUCAAUUUGUUUAAAGUUUCUGACGUUGAUGUUGAUGAUAAGCUAAUUAGAGGUUCAUUGAAAGUAGUGGUUGGUGAUUCCUUGGGUAAUGUGUAUACUUUAUAG